AUGACACUGUCAACUUUACUUGACGGGACUCUUGAAGGAAGGCGUCCAUCUGAUAUUGUUUACAUAUCAGUUGCCACCCUUGUGGCCGCCAAGGUACUGGCAGACAUUUUCAGCGACGGAUUCCUGCUUAAGCGUUUAAACUUGGCAAAGUGGGGCGUCGUGCGUGCCGUUGCUGCCCCUAUCAUUCAACGAGAGGUGAAGAAGACUGCCAAGAUGUUUAAAAUGCCGGCGAAGGAAAGUGAAUUCAAGGCGAAAAAACUACCAGAGAAGGCCACAACAGAUGAGAAUGUUCUCAGUAUCGUGCAUACCCUUCACAAGGAUCUUGAUAAGCCGUACGAGAUGGGUAGCUUGAGUGGAGCCGUGUACCAUGGGGGAGCCUCGCACACGGCGUUGAUUAACCGUGUCAUGGAAGUAUUUCAGUGGAGUAACCCACUCCACUGCGACGUCUUUGGCGCCACACGCAAGAUGGAAGCGGAGGUGGUUUCAAUGGUGGUCCACAUGUUUAAUGGGCAUUUUCUCCCCGAUGCUUGUGGCACCGUUACCUCUGGUGGUACAGAAAGCAUUCUGAUGGCGAUGAAGUCGUAUCGCGGCUGGGGACGUGCCAGGAGAGGUAUUGAGCAUCCCUCAGUUGUUGUGGGUAUCACUGCACAUCCGGCCUUUGACAAAGCAGCUGAGUAUUUUGGUAUUACCCUAAUAAAAAUUCCGGUUGAUCCUGUGACACAGAGAAUCAAUGCAAAGGAGGUAGAAAAAUACAUAAAACACAAUACUGUCGCCAUUGUUGGGUCUGCGCCAACCUUUCCCCAUGGCGUGGUUGAUCCUAUCAGUGAAUUGUCCGAAGUGGCAUGCCGUCAUGAAGUUGGUCUUCAUGUAGAUUGUUGUUUGGGUGGGUUUAUUGUGCCUUUUAUGGAGAAGGCAGGCUUUUCCGCUCCCAUUGUGGACUUUUGUCUCCCUGGUGUCACGACGAUAAGUUGUGAUACACAUAAAUAUGGAUACGCACCCAAAGGCACAUCGACUGUUCUCUACAGAACCCGAGAGUUGCGUUCGUUUCAGUUCUGCUGUGUGGCAGAGUGGCCAGGUGGCAUUUACUGUUCCUCUGCAGUGAGUGGCUCCAAGCCAGGCAAUGUCAUCGCGGGAGCAUGGGCAGCUAUGGUUCGUAUGGGAGAAGAGGGUUAUGUAGACAAUUGUCGUAAAAUUAUGGAAACUCGUAUGAAAAUCACAUCUGCGCUUUGCAAAUUACCUUACAUUUCAAUUAUAGGAGAUCCUACCACCUCUGUGUUUGCUUUUAAUAGCGAUUACAUUGACAUUUAUGUCCUGGGUGAUCGCCUAGGGGAGCGUGGAUGGGUGCUCAACCGACUUCAGUUUCCAUCUGGUCUUCAGUUUUCGGUAACACUACUUCAGACACAGGAGGGAGUGGCAGACCGCUUCAUUCACGACUUGACGGACAUCGGUGACGAGAUGUACGGCGCGGUGAAGCAGGCAGAAGAGGAAGGUAGGAAUAUAAAACGAGGCGAAACAGGGGCAACUGUUUAUGGUUUGCAGCAACGAUUAGGCGAUCGCAGUAUCGUGAAGGACGUACUACGGGAGUUUUUAAAUCAGUACUACAGCGUGGAUCAUUAA